CUCGUUCUCACUGCCUGCGACCAAGAUAACCACCCUCCCGGCCCUCCAAGGGUCCCAGGCCGCUAACUCCUCUACACUCCGUUCUCGACUCCAAUCUGUAUCUCGCCCGGUCAUGGCCCUUGCGCCCAUCCAUCUGAUUGCGUCCUUUUCCCACUGCCACCACCCUCUUCGCCCUCUGCCACUACCAAUACGGCGCUACCAGUCGGCUCUUCCCUCUACUCCAGCUUGAAUAGUUGACGCUUUGCUACCACCUCUGCGCCUCCCUCCGACGUCUGCUACCACUCCUACGACUCGAGCUUACCUACCUGUGCGCCCAGCGUCGUCGCUCUAUCGCACCUCGACGUCCCAUGGCCUUGGUGCUGAGUUCCAGAAACCAUCCGCCUUGACAGUUGUUCUCGAAGCUAUGACGAAUUUCUCGAGUCUCCCACCCUAAAGCCCGAAUCAAUUGCCCUCUUGGCCAAAGAAAACGGAAUGGCCGUCAUUGAAUUUCUCGAGCGUCGCAUAUACCACGAUGACCCGCCCGCAUACCAGUCGCGGGUUGAGACGAACCCGACACUGAUCGUGUCUUGGUGGUGCACAUUGUUUUCUCUCACGGCCAUCCUGAUCCGUGUUUUGGGACGAUGGGUGCGCACCGAAAGACUGUUUCGGGAAGACUGGAUCAUGUUCUACAGCAUCAUUCCCCUCAUGAUUCGCAUGGGACUGGUCCAUGUCGUUCUAAUCUGGGGGACCAACAACACAACCACGGAAGGACUGACCUCUUUGCAAAUACACCAUCGCGAGAUUGGAAGCAGAUUGGUCCUCGCGGCUCGAAUAUUCUAUGCGGCGUUUAUCUGGGUGGCCAAACUGACCGUGCUCGAGUUUCUCAAGCGCCUCAUUGGAAAGUCGUGGGCCAAGUCGUACGAAGUCGGACUCCGAUUCAUUUAUGGCUUCCUGGUCGUCACCUUCAUUGCCGUCGUUAUCGGUACCCUGUCCGAAUGUCAGCCUUUCUCGCACUACUGGCAGGUCGUCCCAGAUCCCGGGCCUCAUUGUCGAGAAGGACUGGUCCAACUGAUCGUCAUGGGAGUUUGCGAUAUCGUCUCUGAUGUGGUCCUAAUCGUUUUCCCCAUUCCCUUGGUCUGGCAAUCCUCGAUGCGCCUCCGCAAGAAGAUUUCCCUCGUCCUUCUCUUCCUUCUGUCAACCAUUCUCAUCGCUAUCACCGCCUAUCGAGUUCCUUCUACCAUCUCACGACGCUCCUCACAGCAGUACCGGUCGCUCUUAGCGUCACUGGAGAUUCUGGCCGCUGCAGGGGUAUCAAAUGCUAUCGUCAUCGGCAGCUUCAUCCGUGACAGAGGUGUGAAGAAGGCUAAAUUCAGAGCGGCGUCCGUGGACGACACCAGUUCUCUCGGUCGACAACCUACAAGAACCCGGACGAUAUCUGUCACUCAACACCAUUGGGGUUCCGAUGAAGAUCUGGCCAGAGGCGUCGGCGUCGCACUACCGCCGAUACUGCGGAGCGGCACCUACGUGGAACCCACGCCUCGUUUGGCCGAAGUGGCUGUGGUGGCUCUCCCGCAAAAGUCCUCUGAGGUCCAUAUGGAGCCCAGCGACCAAAUCCGACACGCUCCAUUCUCUUCGAGAUGGAACUUCGCCGAGGCCUCUCGUUCCCGCAGAAAGCCCUCGCUGGACACCCUCAGCAGCAGCUCGACAGCUGAUAUUAAAUUGCGCGAUUUGAAACUGCAACUUGAUGAACCGCGCCAAAGCGAAGGCGGCAACGACUACAUAGAAACCGACACACCAAGCAGGAUGGGUUUCUUCGACGUCGGCGGCCUUGUCGAUCAGCCACCCAAUGAGUCACCAAUGUCUCGAUCUCGCCAGGCGUCCAUCCAAGAAGUUUCUCGUCGCUUGUCCCAGCCCCAUCCGCAUGGAGUCAGAUCCGGCUCGAAAGCCUUCCUCUCGGACAUCGGUGGUCUGCUAUCCCGACCGUUACGGAUACGCGAAGAGGAGGAGCUUCAUUCCACGUCAACAGCAUCCCCGAGGCAUGCGAGUAGUCCUGGUCGUUCGCCUAUGAGAUCUGAAAAGAGGAAGUCGUCACAUCGGAACCGCUUGCCUUCACAGCAGGAGGAGGAUAUGGAACCUAUUCGACCGGCGCGGCCCAGUGGACCUGACGACUUGGAUAUCUCGGAUGCUGGUGGGUUACUACGAUGACAUCUGCCUCUCUAGUUGACACUCUGAGAGGCGGUUGUCUUUGCGCCUCUGCGUUGUUUUCUAUGAUUUUGUGGGAAGCCCGUGGGAUUGAGAGCGAAAGAUGGCUGUGAAUACCAGGAUUUGAUGGGGUUUUCAAAACUUUGAGAUUUUAUGCAUAUACCACUGAGCGAUGGCGCUGGGGAAGGACUAGGUAUGCAUGUGGGUAUUUACAGUGAUCUGAUUGACGUAAUGAUAUCCCGUGGGGGCAUUGGACAGGCCAUGGUUGAUGAUACUGGGUUUUGCUACGAGCAUGAUGAUACUGGCUUGGUUGACAGCCACAUAUUUUUGCACAGUGAUGAGGAUGAAAAAAUACAGCUAUUGACCUCCA